GGGCUCAGACCUAGUUUGCGGCGACAUGGCUAAACACACCAAGAAGGUCGGAAUCGUGGGUAAAUACGGGACCCGUUAUGGUGCCUCCCUCAGGAAAAUGGGGAAGAAGAUUGAAAUAAGCCAGCCUGCCAGGUACACUUGCUCCUUCUGUGGCAAAACCAAGAUGAAAAGACGAGCUGUGGGGAUCUGGCAUUGUGGCUCCUGCAUGAAAACCGUCGCUGGUGGCUCCUGGACCUACAACACCACUUCUGCUGUCACAGUAAAGUCUGCCAUCAGAAGACUGAAGGAGUUGAAAGACCAGUAGAAGCUUCACCAUUUGAAACAUUGCUAGCCUAUAAUAAAUGGGUUAAUUUAUAUAACA